GCAAGAGACCGACUUCUGGUGGCUCUCAGUCCUCUGCCAGUGCGAACCCCUUUUGACCCAAAUUUUAUUGCUCCUGCAAAUGGUGCUCCCGAGGGUGGGCGGACCGGUGGUCAUCUCAUACAGCCAGUGCCGCGUUUGCUGAGCAACUUGCGACCCGUUUGCUAUCAGCUCUCCGGGGCUCUUGUCACGUCCCUGUAG